GUUCGAGACAGUUUCGCAGCUUCGAAGCGAUCUCAUUUCGCGUCGUUUUGUCUGUCAUUUGAAUCACUUGGUGUAUUUAUUUUCUCUCGCUUCGAUUUGAGCAAAGUGUCAGGAUGUCGUCUACCAAAGGACAGGUUAUCAAUUGCAAAGCUGCAGUUGCGUGGGAGAAGGAGAAACCUCUUUCUAUAGAAGAAAUUGAAGUCGCUCCUCCAAAGGCAGGAGAAGUCAGGAUAAAGGUUUUAGCUACUGGAGUUUGCCAUACUGAUGCAUACACUUUAGGUGGACAUGAUCCUGAGGGUCUGUUCCCUGUUGUUUUGGGACAUGAAGGUGGUGGUAUUGUUGAGAGUGUGGGAGAGGGUGUGACUUCUGUCAAAGAAGGUGAUCACGUCAUUCCCCUGUAUACUCCCCAAUGCCGAGAAUGCAAGUUCUGUAAGAACAAGAAGACCAACUUGUGCCAGAAAAUUCGUGCAACUCAGGGACAAGGUGUUAUGCCUGAUGGAACCACACGUUUCACAUGUAAAGGAAAACCUCUCUUCCAUUUCAUGGGAUGCUCCACCUUCUCACAGUACACAGUAGUGUGUGAAAUUUCUGUUGCCAAGGUGAAUGAAACAGCACCUCUAGACAAGGUCUGCCUGUUAGGCUGUGGUAUUAGUACUGGAUAUGGUGCUGCUCUCAAUACUGCCAAGGUAGAGCCAGGUUCAAUUUGUGCUGUGUUUGGGUUAGGAGCAGUAGGAUUAGCUGUAGCUAUGGGUUGCAGGGCAGCAGGUGCCAGUAGAAUCAUUGGCAUCGACAUUAAUAGUGAUAAGUUUGAACCUGCCAAGCAGUUUGGAGUCACUGAAUUUAUUAACCCAAAUGAUCAUGCUAAGCCAAUUCAAGAAGUUUUGGUUGAGAAGACAGAUGGAGGCUGCGACUACACAUUUGAGUGCAUUGGAAAUGUUAAAAUAAUGAGAGCAGCUCUGGAAGCUUGCCACAAAGGUUGGGGAGAAAGUAUUAUAAUUGGAGUUGCAGCAGCUGGCCAAGAGAUCUCCACUAGACCCUUCCAACUGGUGACUGGACGUGUUUGGAGAGGAUGUGCCUUUGGAGGCUUCAAGUCUCGUGAUUCUGUGCCACAACUCGUUGAAGACUACAUGAAGAAGAAAAUUAUGGUGGAUGAGUUUGUAACCUUUACCAAGCCACUUGAGGAAAUAAAUGAAGGAUUCCAUUUAAUGCAUGCUGGAAAAGCACUCAGGACUGUUAUCAAUAUGUUUUAAAGUUUUGGUAACUGUGUAUUGAAUAAUUAAAAUUAAACAAAACUUAUGGCAGUCACUUUGUAGCAAUUUUAGAGCCUGUUUAGAAUUUUUUAUAAAGCUCUUUUGACUAAGCCAAUUCACUGAUCAUGCUAGUGAUUUUUUUUUUUUUUUUUUUUGUGUAACAACUUUGGAUUAUACCAUUCUUAAUAAAAGCAUAUGAAUA